UGAGCCACGGGACUUUGCGUGCGAAGUUUGCACCGGGAAGAGGGAGACCGAGUCGGGCAUAUCUCGGCUGUAUCCGCGGCGUUUACCACCCCCCACGCCCAGCAAGGUGGGAGGUCGGCGACUUGCUGUCAUGCUGUCCCUGGAUGAGCCCCUGGACCUCAAGCUCCCUCGGCGGGCCAGUGGGCGGGACAGAGGGGUGCGCUCACCUCCCCUCUCCCCAAUAUACCCCAAGCGAGCUCGCCAGCUCCGCAUGGCGGACGAUGGGACUGCAGUCAUAGAGCCGGCCUCGCCAGCUUCUCCAUGCACAGGUGUGCAGGUGGGCCCUCACGACCGAACAGACACCCCCACCCCCCCUGCGGUGGACCUGAGCAUGUCUCCCUGCUCCCGCCACACCCCCAGCUCUCCAGAAAUGACCAACGGCAACUACGUCCCCUCAGGGGCCUUUCAGUUUUUCGUGCCAAUCGGAGCCGGGGCGGGACUUCACCUGCCGUCCUCCAUGUUCAUUGGCCAGACGAGUGACAAGCGGGCCUCUCCGGACCUGUCAGCGGAUGAACAACUGGCCUGCCACUGGAGGAAGUGCCACCUGCUCUUUGACUCCCUACAAGACCUGGUGGACCACGUCAACGACUUCCAUGUCAAGCCUGAGAAGGAUUCUGGGUACUGCUGCCACUGGGAGGGCUGUGCUCGCAAAGGCAGGGGGUUCAAUGCCAGGUACAAGAUGCUAAUCCACAUCCGGACUCACACCAACGAGAAGCCCCACCGCUGCCCCACCUGCAACAAGAGCUUCUCACGUCUGGAGAACCUCAAGAUACACAAUCGCUCACACACAGGUGAAAAGCCCUACAUUUGUCCUUAUGAGGGUUGCAACAAGCGUUACUCCAACUCCAGCGAUCGCUUCAAACACACGCGCACACACUAUGUGGACAAGCCUUACUACUGCAAGAUGCUGGGCUGCCUGAAGCGCUACACAGACCCCAGCUCUCUUCGCAAGCACAUCAAAGCCCACGGCCACUUUGUGGCUCAGGAGCAGGGCUCCCCCGGGGGGGUGGGCUCCCUGCUGAAGGGGAGUCACAGUGGAGGGCUUGGGAGUGGAGGGGGUAAGGAUUCAGAGAUGUCCUACAUGAGCGGAACCCACAUCAUCAUCCCAGGGGCAGCGGCUGCUCUCCUGGGAGGCCACACUCUGCAGGGCCUGAGUGGCGCCGUGCCCCUGUCUCCCCUCAGUCCUCGUCCCCUGGACCUCAGCUCACUGGGUUGCCCCAACUCGCCUCCAGGCAGCCUCGGCGGCACGUCCAUCCUGUCCUUCCACGGCUCGCCGCUGGGAUUGGCCAAGUCGCCGCUGCUCUCCGCGGCAUUCUCCUCCUCGGCCCUGGGCCUGCAGAUGAUGCCCAUGCUAGGGGCAGCGUCUGAGCGGAGGGCCCAGAGUCAGCAGUUCAAGAGGAGCCAGGGGGAGGAGGCCGAGAACGUGGUAACUGGAGGCAUCCUGAACCUCUCCACAGGAGGGUCUCAUGAUCCGCUGUCCUGGGUGGUCAUCCCUCCAGGCACCGUGGUGCUCAAGCCAGCUGUGGUCAACUGACUCACACACACACACACACAGACACACACAUAUGCAUACAUUCCAGAAGAGCUCAGGGGGUUGGGACGGGAGGGUGAAAGCCAUUAUUAGGGUACGGGCGGUCAAAGGUGAUGGGGAUUGACUCGCACAAUCAAAUCCAGGCAAUUGCAUUUCAGAGCGCGUGUGUGUAAAAGCACAAAAAGGUGGAGAAACCUCCAUCAAAACUUCAAUCAAGAAAAACAAUAGAUAACACUACACCUCACAAGAAUCAUUGAUACAACGCAAGCCUCUUUUAUUGUUGGGAAACCCAGGGGCCCAAGAACUCUUUUCAGGAAUAUGUAUGGUUUGGCUCCUUGUUGCUUGUUUUAUACUCUAUUCAUUCCUCUUUGCUGGUUCUGACGACAGGGACCAUGAACUUAGUGCUUAGUGUCUUAGUGCUCUGUGUUCUUACAAAAGCCCUGAUUCAUUCUUAAGUAUUUAUAUGACUGCACUUCAUUGACAGUGUGCCUCCAGCUUAGCAGUGGGUUAGAUACACCAUGAAACUGAAUGACGCACUCACAGCUGGGCAAAGUUUCACACAAUAGGAAGAUGGUUUUUAAAAGUUAUGACCUAUUUUUCACGGGCCGCUGUGAUUAAUACGAUUCAGACAAGCUUGCCACGCCAAAGCAAGUGAACUCAAAACUGUUUGGGGAUUCGUGCGGGAGACGCAUAACGCUUCAGCUCCGAGACAGUUUGUUUCAACACAGCACUUAAUAGCGUCGGCUGGUUAUAGUAUUGAAACCUCACAACUGCUGCUAACUUCUCAGCCUCCCCCCCGGUGUAACACAAACUAGGGGGAGAGCACUUUUUGACAAUCUGUCCCCGGCUCGGGGAGGGUGACCGACAUGGACCAGCCUAGUCCACCGGAGUUUGUGCCGGGCAGGUCGACUAGGGGCUUUUCACUUUUAGGGCACAGAGCGAUCUGAGGACUUAACGCAGACAAAUGGUGUUACAUCACCUGGCAAUCACCAAUUCCUCUUUUUACACAAAAUCCAAGCGUCAGUGCGUCUGGCUCCCCCCUCUGGCCGAGCACGAUACACAACCUCCUGCUCGCCGUUUACAGAACCUCUAUGCUCCUGGAUUGUCCAGCUGCUUUCCCGUAAUUUAGUCGACACAGCCAGUCUGCGCAUGAAAGGGCCACUGUGGUGAUAAACACUAGUGUCUUGUAGUUUUCAAAAAGUGACCCGACCCAAAACCAGCUGUGAAAAGAAGGCGGUCGGCCAAAUCCAAGUCCAGCUUAGCCUCGACGGCAGAGGUUUUGUCCCAAGUUCAACAACUCUCACGCGGUGCCAAACAUACCAGGAGAGGGUGAAGUGGGUUGUGCAUAUUGUGCCACUGAGGGGGGUGUGAUGCACUCAAUGCCACAAACAGCUGGACUGACUGGGAAGCCACACUAUUGCAAACUGCCUCAUUUUAAACGGACUCAUUUGACUUCUGAGAAAGCUUUUCUCUCGGUUCGAUUAAGCAGGCAUCAUGCACUUACCACAAAUUAUAUUCCUCACAUGUUUUAAGAAGUGUUACUGCGAAGUCUUGGUUCUUUCAAAGCUAGUUUGCUCUUGUUUUUAUUUGUCUGCAUGGGUCAGUUUCUCCGUGGGGCUAAUGCAUGUACGAUGUUGACUGAUGUCUCCACAGAGGAGAGGAAGGGGAGCAGGAGAGGAUCAACACAAGGAACAUUCCCUCAAGAGACUCAAUCACUCGCUCCUCCUCUCCGUUUUCACUCCUCCUCUCCUCUCCUCUCCCACAUGUCGGCGGUCUUACCUUUCCAUCAUCAGACACUAGCUAAUGCUGUUUUAUAUUUCUGUCAUUGUUUUUUUUUGUUCUGCUGUUGUUCAGACGAGACAUUUUCCUGAUGUCGAAGUUGCUUAUUGUGUUCUGCGACGGCCGCUCUGCAAUCGGCUGUCUGCUGCUGAGGGCGAGUCAUUUGAGGGGACGAAGAGAAGGAGAGAGGGAGAGAGGGAGAGAGGGAGAGAAGGAGAGAGGGAGAGAAGGAGAGGGAGAGAGGGAGAGAAGGAGAGGUUCGGGUGGUCUUCUAGGGCGGUGAUUCCCACCUGGGGGCUCAUAGAAACAUUCAGUUUUCUCUGUUAAAUUUAGAAUUUGUAGUCCUGUUAGUCUGAGUCCUGUUACAUAGGGAAUAUAGUUGUCGAUACCCAUUAGAAAAAUCUUUUCUAAUCUGAAACGUGGGAGGAAAAAGAAAAAUCACAAUAUGUCAAAACUAUGUUUAAAUUUAGGCCAUCAACUGUGAUUGUGGGUUAGGGUUACUAUUUUGGAUUGAAGGGUCACAAGCCAGAAAAGUAUGGAAACCACCGUUCUAGGGACCUGGUGAACCUAAUGACCUCACACUCCUCCGUGACCAUCACGAUGACCCGAGCCCAGAUGGGACACGGCCAUCACAUAUUUCUGUAUCGAGGGUCCACACACCAAACUCUCGCUCCCUUUUAAUUUCCACAGUCAGACGCUGAGAGCAUGCCAUGCGUCUGUGAAAUGGCGGGCGUCGCUGUGAGAGAGAGCGCGAGCGAGGGAGAGAGAGAGGAUUGGCUGAAUGAAUAAAUGAAUGGACAGGGGAUGGGGCGAGAUGAGGGGAGGGAGAGGCUGUGUGCCAGCAGAGGAAGAGAGGCAGAGGAGAGCAGCGCCGAGCAGCCGCCCUCCAUCUGGCCACCGACCCAGCAAACGGCCCUCUCGGCUCUGAAGUCACUGGCUGUGCCGUGUCCAAUGUGGCAGCCACUCACGGGCGUACCAGUCUGCAGGAAACUAGGCCACUGAACUCCGUCUGCCCUCUGGGUGUUUUCUUUUUUUAUAGAUUAAACCCAAAAGGCUCAGCCCCCCUCCCCCCCACCCACCUCCCGGCCACAGAGAUGCAUUCCAGGCAAACUAACAAGCUGCAUUCACAGUAAACAAAAGCAAAUAUAAUCCUCCCCCCCGCCUGAGGAUGAGCUCUGUGUUCACCACAGAGAUAAACUGCACACCUGAGCUUCUUUCUCCAAAAUUCAGUCAUUAUCUGCGGCACCCCCCCCCCCCACACCUCACGGCCUGUCUCUGGGUUCAGGCCGGCUAUUGAAGUGAAUCUCUCGCUGUGAGUGGACAAUCCUUGCUUGUGAUGUCAUCAAAAACAGGUGUUAAGUAGGCUAGAUAUGGUUUCCGUGGCAACAGCGAAACCCACAGAUGAGGCUGCUCUCCUCUUCCUCCUCCUCCUCCUCCUCCGUUUGUCUGGUUCUCCUCUGCCAGUGGAAGCCAGGGACAGAGACUCGGCGCGGCGGCAGAACGCUGAAUCAUAACGACACGGAUCCUUCCGGGGUCCACAUCUUUUCCAUAUUAAAUAAGCUGUACGAUCCAUUAACCCUUUGAGCUCAGUCUGUAACAAACUGCACUUUUGCACCCCUCGUGACGUGCGUGGACGCGGGGAUGCUGCCACAUCCCUUCUCGUUGCAGAGCCGUUAAUCACCAGUCGAUUUGAGAACCAAGAAUAAUUGUAUAAAAAAAAAAUCCUCAGUCCUUAAAAUGUCUGAAUUUCAAGUCCUUGUUUCUACAAAGCGGUACGUGCUCCUGGAGAGAUUCUUUAAAGAAACCCUUGUUUAAUGGUAGGAAAAGGAAACUGAAAUCAAGGCCACAGAAAUGAUUAGUUUGCUUGGUCAGUGUCAUUGUAAAGGGGUGCCAGUGACUGAAGUGCCGCAGUGUUGCACAAAGGGUUAAUGAUAAAACUAGGGCCACGCAAGGCCUGUUUGUUCAAAGUUAUGUUUUUUGCACAUUUGUGAGAUAUUAUGUCAGUAUUUGAAUUUUUCCAAGUGCCUUUUUAUUAUAGGUAAAAAUAUAGAAGUUAUACUCUAUUUGGAGAAGAAAAAAAAAAGAUUAAAUGAAAAUAUAUAUUUUUUCCUGGCAUCACUGCGGUUGAACAUGCAGAAUUUUAGAGUUGUAAAAGUCUCCAAUUGGUACAACAUAGAGGCGUUCUCCUGUUUUAGAGGAAUUUUAUUACGAUAUUGAUAAUAAUGUCAAUGAAAAGAGAAAAUGUUUAAUAAAGAUGCAUUUGAUAAAA